AUGUUUGUAUCCAUGCUGUCACUUAAGAGACAUUUACUCUGGAUUUUCAAGAGAUCUAAAAAGUCUAUUGUUGAACAGCUCGAGGAUAUUGAUGAUGAAAUCUUAGAACUGGAGAGUGAACGAUCAAGGAGUAUCGAUUCAGAGAAACAAUUCGCAUAUAGGCUUAUACUCUACGCCAUAAUAAUCUUUGGUCUAAGCUUCAUCUUUGUUUAUUACAAUUACUGGCCGCAAACAUUGGGAGGACAAAUCACAGUAUCCCUGAUAUUUGCUCUGUAUCUGCCUUGCAUAUUACUGUUGAAAUAUUUUGUCCGGAUUAUAUUCACGAGACGCGUUAACAGGACAAAUGAAAAAUUGAAAAAGCUGCGUGCAACGAAACAAAAAUUGUUAGAUGAUGUGAGGGAGAAAGAGCCAUACAACAAGGCGCAACAGAUUCUGAAGCGUUUUGAUCCAUUAACAUUUGCUUCCAUUGCUGCAGAGGAAAGGAAGCUUGCAAAGCCUGGCUUUGGCUCCAUGAUCAACUUGGAAUCUUCUCAGUCAGAAAUACGACGUAGAAAUACUUGUGACGCUGCUGCAGACCAAAGUGUGCCUACACAACCAAGUGGUUCCGUUCAGGCACUAGCAAUGAACAAACCACGUUUGAUAAGACCACUUUUGCCUAGAGAACGUUCAUUAGUUGAUAGACUGUUGGAUCUAUUAGUCGGUGAUGGUCCUGAUAAACGGUUUGCUCUAAUCUGUGGCGAAUGUGCUGGGCAUAAUGGAAUGGCUUUAGAAGAAGAAUUUGAAUAUUUAG